AAAGGAAUGUGCAGAAGGCAGCCUUGGCAAGAAAACUUGCUGCAUAAUCUUACACGGUCUAAAGAUGAAACUUUAAAUCAGCAAAUCAAUCCUGAGUGGAAUUUGAUAGAAGAUGUUACAGCAGUUUUGUCCUUGGAAAUGCAUAGCUUCGGGGAUUGUUUUAGGCUCUCUCUUGGCAGUCUGCGUGGGCCAGUAUGAUGAUGAUUGUAAACUAGCUAGGGGAGGACCACCUGCUACCAUAGUUGCUAUUGAUGAAGAGAGUCGGAAUGGUACGAUUCUGGUGGAUAACAUGUUGAUCAAAGGAACUGCAGGAGGACCAGAUCCCACCAUAGAACUCUCUCUGAAGGACAACGUGGAUUACUGGGUGUUGUUGGAUCCUGUUAAGCAGAUGCUUUUUCUGAACAGCACAGGAAGAGUUCUGGAUAGAGAUCCACCAAUGAACAUACACUCCAUUGUGGUGCAAGUCCAGUGCAUUAACAAAAAAGUGGGCACAGUUAUUUACCAUGAAGUUCGAAUCGUGGUCAGAGACAGGAACGACAACUCACCCACAUUCAAGCAUGAAAGCUACUAUGCUACCGUGAAUGAGCUUACUCCGGUUGGUACCACAAUAUUUACAGGAUUUUCAGGAGACAAUGGAGCUACAGACAUAGAUGACGGUCCAAAUGGACAGAUAGAAUAUGUUAUUCAAUAUAAUCCAGAUGAUCCGACAUCCAAUGACACCUUUGAAAUUCCUCUCAUGUUAACUGGAAAUGUAGUAUUAAGAAAAAGAUUAAACUAUGAAGAUAAGACUCGCUAUUAUGUCAUCAUCCAAGCCAAUGACCGUGCUCAAAAUCUGAAUGAACGGCGGACCACUACCACGACCCUCACGGUGGAUAUUCUGGACGGAGAUGACUUGGGUCCAAUGUUUCUCCCUUGUGUCCUUGUGCCAAACACUCGUGACUGUCGACCACUUACCUAUCAAGCUGCCAUACCUGAGCUAAGAACUCCGGAAGAACUCAACCCCAUCAUCGUGACGCCACCCAUCCAAGCAGUUGAUCAAGACCGGAACAUUCAGCCACCGUCAGAUAGGCCAGGCAUCCUCUAUUCCAUCCUUGUUGGGACUCCUGAAGAUUACCCACGAUUUUUCCAUAUGCAUCCGAGGACCGCAGAACUCACUCUUCUGGAGCCAGUAAACAGAGACUUUUAUCAGAAAUUUGAUUUGGUUAUUAAGGCUGAACAGGACAACGGUCAUCCUCUUCCUGCUUUUGCCAGUCUACAUAUUGAAAUAUUGGAUGAAAAUAAUCAGAGCCCAUAUUUUACAAUGCCCAGUUAUCAAGGCUAUAUCCUGGAAUCUGCCCCAGUUGGAGCAACCAUUUCUGACAGUCUGAAUUUGACCACUCCGCUAAGAAUAGUAGCUCUGGACAAGGAUAUUGAAGAUACCAAAGACCCAGAGCUUCACCUCUUUUUGAAUGACUACACUUCAGUCUUCACUGUCACACAGACUGGUAUCACUCGCUACCUCACCUUACUUCAACCAGUGGACAGGGAAGAACAGCAAACUUACACUUUUUCGAUUACAGCAUUUGAUGGAGUGCAAGAAAGUGAGCCAGUUACUGUUAAUAUCCGGGUGAUGGAUGCCAAUGAUAAUACUCCAACCUUCCCUGAAAUAUCUUAUGAUGUCUAUGUCUAUACAGAUAUGAAACCUGGGGACAGUGUCAUACAGCUCACUGCAGUCGACGCAGAUGAAGGGUCAAAUGGGGAGAUCACAUAUGAAAUCCUAGUUGGGGCUCAGGGAGACUUCAUCAUCAAUAAAACAACAGGACUUAUCACCAUCGCCCCAGGAGUGGAAUUGGUAGUCGGUCAGACUUAUGCACUCACUGUCCAAGCAGCAGAUAAUGCUCCUCCUGCGGAGAGAAGGCAUUCCAUCUGUACUGUGUACAUUGAAGUGCUUCCUCCAAAUAACCAAAGCCCUCCCCGCUUCCCGCAGCUGAUGUAUAGCCUUGAGAUUAGUGAAGCCAUGAGAAUUGGUGCUGUCUUAUUAAAUCUACAGGCAAUGGAUCGAGAGGGGGACCCAAUAACAUAUGCCAUUGAGAAUGGAGAUCCUCAAAGAGUUUUUAAUCUUUCAGAAACUACUGGGAUUCUUACCUUAGGGAAAGCGCUGGACAGGGAAAGCACUGACCGCUACAUUCUCAUCGUCACGGCAACCGAUGGCAGGCCUGAUGGGACAUCAACUGCAACAGUGAACAUAGUGGUGACAGAUGUCAAUGACAAUGCUCCAGUCUUUGAUCCCUAUCUGCCUAGAAAUCUGUCUGUGUUGGAGGAAGAAGCCAAUGCCUUUGUGGGCCAAGUGAGGGCAACAGACCCUGAUGCUGGAAUAAAUGGUCAAGUGCACUACAGCUUGGGCAACUUCAACAAUCUCUUUCGCAUUACAUCCAAUGGAAGCAUUUAUACAGCAGUGAAGCUUAACCGAGAAGUAAGGGACUACUAUGAACUUGUGGUUGUGGCAACCGAUGGGGCCAUACACCCUCGUCAUUCAACUCUAACACUUGCCAUCAAGGUUUUGGAUAUUGAUGAUAACAGUCCUGUAUUCACCAAUUCAACAUAUACUGUGGUAGUUGAAGAGAACCUGCCCGCUGGAACAACCUUCCUUCAAAUAGAGGCCAAAGAUGUUGACCUUGGAGCAAAUGUAUCAUAUCGGAUAAGAAGCCCAGAAGUGAAGCAUUUAUUUGAACUGCAUCCAUUUACUGGAGAACUCUCUCUUUUAAGGAGUUUGGACUAUGAGUCAUUUCCAGACCAGGAAGCAAGUAUCACAUUUCUAGUCGAGGCCUUUGAUAUAUAUGGAACAAUGCCACCUGGUAUUGCGACUGUCACAGUGAUUGUAAAGGAUAUGAAUGAUUAUCCUCCAGUAUUUAGUAAGCGAAUCUAUAAAGGGAUGGUAGCUCCAGAUGCCGUCAAGGGCACACCUAUCACAACUGUUUAUGCUGAAGAUGCAGACCCUCCUGGAUUACCUGCAAGUCGUGUGAGGUAUAGAGUAGAUGAUGUCCAGUUUCCUUAUCCUGCAAGUAUUUUUGAUGUAGAAGAAAAUUCUGGAAGAGUAAUAACUCGAGUCAAUCUUAAUGAAGAACCAACAACUAUUUUUAAGUUGGUGGUUGUUGCUUUUGAUGAUGGUGAGCCUGUAAUGUCCAGCAGCGCCACAGUAAAGAUUCUUGUCUUGCAUCCUGGAGAAAUCCCACGCUUUACUCAAGAGGAAUAUAGACCUCCACCAGUAAGCGAACUUGCUACCAGAGGAACUGUGGUUGGUGUUAUUUCUGCUGCUGCUAUCAAUCAGAGUAUUGUAUAUUCCAUUGUUUCAGGAAAUGAAGAGGAUAAAUUUGGGAUUAAUAACAUCACGGGCGUUAUCUACGUUAAUGCUCCUCUGGAUUAUGAGACAAGAACAAGCUACGUACUCAGAGUCCAGGCUGACUCCCUGGAAGUGGUCCUUGCUAAUCUCCGAGUUCCUUCAAAAAGCAAUACAGCCAAAGUGUAUAUAGAGAUUCAGGACGAAAAUGAUCAUCCCCCAGUAUUUCAAAAAAAAUUCUAUAUUGGAGGUGUAUCUGAAGAUGCAAGAAUGUUUGCUUCUGUGCUCAGAGUUAAGGCUACUGAUAAGGAUACUGGAAAUUACAGUGCCAUGGCAUACAGACUCAUAAUACCACCAAUCAAAGAGGGAAAAGAAGGAUUUGUGGUGGAAACCUAUACAGGACUUAUCAAAACUGCCAUGCUCUUCCAUAAUAUGAGAAGGUCCUACUUCAAGUUUCAAGUAAUAGCAACAGAUGACUACGGGAAGGGACUUAGUGGCAAAGCAGAUGUUCUAGUCUCUGUGGUCAAUCAACUGGAUAUGCAAGUCAUUGUUUCUAAUGUGCCUCCUACUCUAGUGGAAAAAAAGAUAGAAGAUCUCACAGAGAUUUUGGAUCGCUAUGUUCAGGAGCAAAUUCCUGGUGCCAAGGUUGUAGUGGAGUCCAUUGGUGCUCGCCGGCAUGGAGAUGCCUUUUCUCUAGAAGAUUAUACUAAAUGUGACUUGACUGUCUAUGCAAUAGAUCCUCAAACCAACAGAGCCAUCGACAGAAAUGAGCUCUUUAAAUUUUUGGAUGGCAAACUGCUCGAUAUCAAUAAAGACUUUCAGCCGUAUUAUGGGGAAGGUGGACGCAUUCUGGAGAUCCGGACUCCAGAGGCAGUGACCAGCAUUAAAAAACGAGGAGAAAGUCUAGGCUACACAGAAGGGGCAUUGCUAGCUCUGGCAUUCAUCAUCAUCCUCUGCUGUAUUCCUGCCAUCUUGGUGGUUUUGGUCAGCUACAGACAGUUUAAAGUACGCCAAGCUGAGUGCACCAAGACAGCACGAAUCCAAUCUGCGUUACCUGCAGCUAAACCGGCAGCGCCAGCUCCUGCACCCGUGGCUGCGCCCCCGCCACCCCCACCGCCCCCGGGUGCCCAUCUCUAUGAAGAACUUGGGGACAGCACGAUUUGGAGUUUUUGUUGGCAGCUGGUCAUAUGCAUGAGAACUUGUGCUAUUUGGCGGACUCUGACAAGGAGAGGUUUUACAUCAGAGCAACAACAACUUCUGAGGCCUUCUCUCCUUAAGCCUGAGGAGUUAUCCAUGGAGUCUGGAAUUGAUCCUGGCCAGGAAUAUGGACAAGAUUAUUACAGUUAUGAGCAUGGGUAUGAAAUGCCUCAAUAUGGAAGUCGCCGUCGUUUGUUACCACCUGUUGGACAAGAGGAGUAUGGUGAGGUAGUUGGUGAAGCUGAAGAAGAAUACGAGGAGGAAGAGUGGGCCAGAAAAAGAAUUAUCAAGUUAGUUGCUGAUCAAGACUAUAAAACUAGCUCAGCUGGAGAAGACAGUGCUCCAGAAAGUCAAAGGAACCGCCUUCACAAUAUCAAUGGCAAUAUAUACAUUGCCCAGAAUGGUUCUGUGGUGAGAACCCGUCGUUCCUGCCUCACUGAUAACUUGAAAAUUUCUUCCCCUGUCCGACUGGGGAAGCACUUUAAGAAACUAGACAAGUUGGCAGUCACACAGGAGGAGAAUGUUCCCCUGAACACUCUAUCAAAGGGGCCAUUUGCUACGGAGAAAAUGAAUACUAGAUCAACUCUUGUUACAUUUGCCCCUUUUCCGGUGGGUACUGACUUUACAGCAAAGAAGCCAUUGGGGAAUAGACUGAAAAGCACAGUUCAGCAGGAAUCUAUGAUCGACAAUAAGAACAUUAAAGAGUCUCUGGAGUUUCACAGUGACCACACACAGUCAGAUGAGGAAGAGCUUUGGAUGGGCCCAUGGAAUAAUCUCCAUAUACCAAUGACAAAGUUAUGAUCAGAUUUUUAAAAGAUGAUUUUUAUUUUUACUUCAGUUUUUAAUAGACUUGGCUUUUUAUUGUCACUGAAAAAACAAUGUAUGAGAUUUAUAUCAUGCUCACAAGCUAAAACUUUGAAUAUGCUUUAAAAAGAGAUUUGCACUCACAUUUGUAUCCAUUAAUUGUUCUUCCCCAAAACUUUUCAGAU